AUGCAGAAAUCGAGACCGCGGCUCAGCUACGAGGCCGCCCGGCUCUCCACUCUGCAACCCGCGCCACGAAGCGCCGAGGCAAAACACCGCCUCACAACCAACACUCUUCUCCAGCGUCUUCAUACGCUUCAGUUCUCCCCACCAUCCCGGACAUCACAAGUGGACUGUCGCGAGCCUAAGGCAGGCCCUCACCAACCAGGAAGUCCAUUUCAGCCGAAGGAUGAACAAAGCAGAACUUUAUGGACUUUAUGCUUCGCUCCAUUCCAGAGUUCCUCCGCCGAGGUCCUCUCCGCAGCUGAUGGCUGCCGCCAAACCGGGCCCAGCUCCUGGCUCUCAAUACGCCCGGCCCGGGCAAUCCGCCACCUCGGCGCGACGAGGCCGGUUGUUGUCAGGUCGCCGCCCAAAGCCUUCGGCGAGUCUAGGCCACACCCCGGCCCUUGGCCAGCGGUGCCACAGUUGACCACUAGCGUGAGGCUGCCUCCGCUAGCAACUCAGGCCCUGGCCUCCGGUUUACCCACCCUCCCUCAGGCCCACGGCCAACCUCUCCCAGGCCACGGCCCAUAUUACUUCCCUAUAGCCCCCGCCCUGGAAGCCGCCGCCAGCGUGAGGCUGCCUCCGCGGGCAGGUCCAGCGGCCGCUAUUCCCUCUCUCCUUUCUCUCAUUCAGGCCCGCCCUCACUUCUCGCUGGCUACAUCAGCAGCCCUGCCGGUCCCGCUCAACGCCCCGGCGAUGGAACCACCUCCAGUCUCAAGCAGCAUCAGGACACAGAUUCUAGCAGAAGUUCAAGCUGUUGGUGCCAGACGCAAACCCCCGGCCAACACCUGUACCUCCAUAUUCGGAGCUGAUCUUCCAAUAAACCACCCACUAAAAAACCUCCUAGACGCCUCCCUCAAUUCCAUCAUCCAAGCCGUCUCCCCCAGGACCCUACAAUCCUACCUCACAGCAUGGAAAAGCUUUAAAUCAUUCCACCAGAUUUACAACCUCCCCUUCCCCGAGUUCUCCCUCCUCGCCAUAACUUCAUUCAUCUCAUACCUUAACACCAUAAAAAACUUCCAAGCCAGUUCAAUUAAAGGAUACCUAAGUGGAAUUAAUUUUUUUCACAAACUCAUUUUCAACUCACCCUCCCAAGCCAUAGCCAGCCCUCAAGCAUCCAUGCUCAUCAAGGGCAUCCAGAGAGCCCAACCCGCCCAGCCAGAUGCCAGGCAACCCAUUACCAUAGAAAUACUAACCAAAUGCAUUACUACACUCCGCAGAGGAUAUCAUUCCAUACAUACUGCCCACACACUCGAUGCCAUGUUCAUUCUGGCCUUCUUCGGUUUUCUAAGGUGCUCGGAAAUCUCCACCACAUCCAGUGUCAACCCAAAAGUAGACCCCACAGUCUCCGACUUGUCAGUGCUCGAUUCAGAGACAAUCUCAUACUUCUUAAAGCAGAGCAAGAUGGAUCAAACCAGGAAAGGUUACACCAUCUACAUUUUCAAUCUCCAGUCCCAAAUCCAACCCUACCAAACCCUCUUAGCCUACCUUCAGUUCAGAAAAUCACAGGCAAAAUCUCCAUCAGACCCUCUCUUUGUAGACGACUCGAACCGCCCCGACACACCUUUCUGGUUCCAAAAACACCUAAAAUCCGUUUUGCUCCAAUCCAGCAUCCCAGCAGGCCACUUCUCCAGCCAUUCCUUCCGCAUAGGCGCGGCAACCACGGCCGCUCAAAAAGGUCUCUCACAGUCUCAGAUCCAAGCGCUCGGCCGCUGGACAUCAGAAGCUUUCAAAAGCUACAUCAGGUCAGACCGUACCCUUAUCAGAGAGGCACAUCGCACCCUCAUCACCCGAAUAUUCUAGCUUCAGCCUUC